AUGCCGAUAAGGAGACACCGCGGAGGUAAAGUUUUUUGGUUUUACUUUCGAAAAUGUGAACUUGUAAAAUUGCAGCUGAGAACAUUGAUGGAGUUGUAGCUUGGAACUCAAACGAAAUUGAAGAACAAAAGUGGGUUUUUUUUCAUCGCACGUUUAGAUUAAACCAAUUCCUAAAUGUCAGAAAAAUGAAGAUAACACUUUUUCAAACUUCCUAUAUUAAUUUCCUGUUUGGAAAUCAGUCAAUUCGAAGAUUCGUUGGAAACCCUUCAAAAUGAUCAUUUUAGGGAAUUAUUUGAAAGGCUCGAGCAAGAGAGAAGGGACCGCGAAUUCGCUCAACAAUUGCAAGAACAGUAUAUUGAAAAAAAAAUGCGAAAACUUUAAUGAUAUAGUUAAGAGAAGAAGCGGAUGUUCACGCUGUAGUCGAGCGUACACUCAAUGAAGAGCAAAUUAGUGGGUUUUAUACUCCGAAGCACCUUGAGGAAAUUAUUUCAGAUGCGAUCCUAGGCUUAGAACAUGGAGACCCACCCGCCUCACCUCUAAGGAGAGUUAUUCGUAUUUCGUCGUCGUCGUCUGGUGGUUCCGAAAAUGAUGAGGAGGAUGAUGAUGAUGAAGAAUCGUUAUUCUCAGCGAACAACACUCACCACACGAUUGUUUUAGGUACGGUAAUUUUUCUGAAUGGUUUAAUAAUUUGUACAGAAAGCGAUAUGGACGAAACCCAAGAAGGAAUCGAUGAGGACGACGACGAUGACGACGACGACGACGACGACGACAUGGAAAGCGCCGAAGAUGACGAAGACGUGGAGUUGGAUUCAGAUAGCGACGACGAUGUUCUUGUGAAUGAUGAUGAUCAGGUUAGCUGGAACGUGUCCUAAUGAUUUGAGGAAGUUACCGAUGACGAACAAAUCGCUUAUAUUGCACGCUUUUCCAGGUUUAAUGAACAUGUGAAUGAAUCAAUAAAAAAUUGGUGUUUAACUUGUUGAAAAUUCAGUUCAUAACACACUUCGGGAAGAAAACCAUAAAAUCGAAAAAUUUAACGAUUCAUGUUGGGUUCUUGGGCUUGUGGAAAUCGCCUUGAUUCAUAUUUACCGUUGUUGAGGCAUUCUUCGAAGGAGAGCUGGAGCUGAUCGACGAGGACGAACUGACACCAAUCGCUCCGGUCAGACGUCGCCCUCGUCGCCUACGCGGCCAGGAAAGCCGAAGCGAGAGGUCAUUCAAAAAAUUCCAAUUCUUUUUUCAUCUGGGUGAACUUGUAUUUUUAAGAAACGUCCUAUUCGGUCCAUGCACAAUAUGCUUCGUCGAGGCGCCUGAGAACCCUGUAGGCUGCGUGAAAUGCCGCCAACUUCUCGGUUGCAAGAGGUAAUAGUUCAUCGACAUCGGUAGCUGGAAAUAAAAAAGUUUCCAACUUCAUUUUAUUAAAAAUCAUAUCUUUGGCUGUGUCCUAAAUUACUUUUCCAGGAGCCAAAGAAUUCAGAAUUGUGUGCUUGAUAAUCCUAGAAAAACAGUACACCUCAAAGACAUAGAUGCAGUAAAAAGUAGGGUUUCCGGUGAAAGAAGUAUCUUGUAGAGAUUUUCAUUGCGAAUCGAACAGUACAUUUGAAAAUGAACAGAAGUUCCUAUUUUCGGGCAAAAAGUUACUCGAACUCAGUGAGAAAAAUAUCUUCCCGCAAAAAGGGCAUUUUGCAGUAAAAUUGCUCUAUGAACCAAGUUCUUUUCCCCACAAAAACUUUCUAUUCAUGUAUAAUUUGCAUAGGCGAGUCGAGAAGGGGUAUCGCGAUACCCUCUGAGGUCUAUCACAGGGUCAGAAGUCUAUCGAUGUUACCUCGAGUAUACCUCUGAGGACUUUGAGCAAAAUACGAUAGAUUUGAGGGAGACUCUCAAGUACCUUCGAGAUGGCUCAGAUAUAGCUAAAAGGUAUGCCGGAGGUCUCACGAUGGACAUAUUAUGGAACUGUCACGAUCCAUUUUGAGAGGUGUCUUUAGGGACACUUUAUGAUACCCUUCCGAUUCGCCUGUGUGCAAACUUUGAUCGAAAAACGCUUCUCUGGUGAAAAAUGACGAAAAACCACAAGAAAGGGACCCAAAAUUCAGAAUUGUGCGCUUGAUAAUCCUUAACAAACAAUAUUCUCAAAAACCUCAAGAAAAUCUGGGUUUUUAAUUCUAUUUUUCAUAGCUCAACUUUUUUUACCAAAGAUUUCCUUCAAUGUUUGUUGUAGCUGCUGUGAAACUUGGCUCGAGGCCGCGAUCGCGAGAAACAACCGAGGAAAUUGUCCGCUGUGUCGCCACCCCUGGAGAUCGUCCCCUCGUGUUGCUCCUUACGGGGAAAUUGCUGAGCUCUGA